GCUCGAAUGCUGUGCGGAGGAGGCGAUCUGGGAGCUCUGCAGCGAGGCGGUGGUGCUGGUGGUGCUGCAGCCUUGGCUGCCGAUGCUUCAGCUCUGCAAGGUCACCGCCUCACUGCUCAUCGGCAACGCCAGGGCAGCCUGCAACGAGGACCUGCUCACGCGAGAGGGAGUCACCUUCUGCGUUAAUGUCACCAGGCAGCAGCCAUUCCCCGGCCUCCAGCAGGUCCGGGGCAUACGCAUACCUGUGUUCGAUGAUCCGGCUGAAGACCUGUAUCGGUAUUUUGAACAGUGCAGCGAUGCUAUAGAAGAGGCUGUGAAGAGCGGUGGGAAGUGCUUAGUUUACUGUAAAAAUGGCCGCAGCCGAUCAGCUGCCAUUUGCACUGCUUAUCUGAUGAGACACCGAAAACUCCCACUCAAGGAUGCCUUUGAGACUGUGAAGACUGCCAGACCAGUAGCAGAACCCAAUGCAGGAUUUUGGUCUCAGCUGCAGAGAUAUGAAGAAGAUUUGCAGAUACCAAAGCAGUCCUAUCUGCUGAGCAAAGGACUUAAAAAUAGCAACGUGUGAAGAUGUUUUACAGAGAGUUAAGUGGCUUGCUACAGAUUUAAAAAAAAAAAAAAUCACUUCAUAUAUCACCUAUACAUAAAAUGCCUUACUCCCCAAUCUGAGUUGAUGGUUCAUCACAUUCAUUCAGAGCGUUACUGUUGAAAGUGCAUGGGAAAGGGGCAGAUAAGCAGGGAGAAACUGCAGAAACAGAAAACGGUUGGAAGGACUGGAAACAAAGUGAAAGGCAUGGUAUCCUCGGCAUUUAUUUUUCCCCUGAAUGACGCUGAAUACAAUAACAAUGUACUGAAUAAAUGAAUGAGUUACU